ACAAUGGGAGAUAUACACGAAAUAUGAUCAGUUAAUAACCAGAGUCUGGCAAAUGGAACAAAACAUGGUUGAUGAAAAAGAGGACUUCGAAGAGCUGGCAGUCACUGAUGAAGCAGAAGAAGAAGGAGAGGAUUGGCCACAAAUUGUGGCGAUUUUAAUCGGAUGCUUCUCUUCUCUGACCACUGGCAUGCUGUACACCUGGCCUUCUCCUUUUAUAUUAAAAAUUGCCGAAGAUGAUAACUACAGUAUUAGCGAGGACGAGGCCGCACAUUUCUCCACUAUUCCUUCCAUAUCCAUGAUGUUGUUCUGUCCAUUGUCUUCAAAAUUAUGCGAUAUCAUUGGCAGAAGAGGGACACUAUUAUUAUCAACGAUUCCAUAUACAUUGUGUUGGUUACUCAAGGUCUUCGCGAGGAAUAUCUACGUCUUCUAUUUAGCUAGGUUUCUGGCUGGUGUAGGUGAUGGUAUCGUCAUUCCAUCGCUAGCGAUGUACAUGGGGGAGAUUUCCACCCCGAAAGUGAGGGGAAUCUGGGGCAACAGCAUGACAGCUUCCAUGUACCUGGGGGAACUAGCAAUCACUGUGAUAGGAAACUACUUUGGAGUGCAGCAAACCUCCUACAUUUGUGCUCCGGUGAUACUUACCUUCGCUGUAUUCUUCUGGUUCAUGCCAGAGUCUCCGUAUUUCUACAUCAUGGAGGGAAGAUACCAGGAGGCCAAGAACUCGCUUAGGAUUUUCAGAAGGAAAAAAAAGAUCAACAAGGAAUUCAACGAACUCAAAGCUGCCGUUGAACGCCAGAUUUCGGAGUCAGGAACUUGGAGAGAUCUGUUCCUUAUCGCCAGUAACAGAAGAGCGCUAAUAGCAGGGGUAUUUUUGAGAAUGUCCCAACUCUUAGGAGGUUCUUCUGUAUUCAUCGCAUACACGAUGUAUAUUUUCAAAAAAUCCGGUGGAAAUGUUAGUUCAGAAGCAUCGUCAAUCAUUUACAUGACUUUAUGUUUUUUCCUGAACGUUUGUGCAAGCUUCACUAUGGAUAUAAUGGGGAGGAAAAUAGCUUAUAUAGCUUCUCUCCUUCCUUGCGCUGUGGUCCUCCUUCUAGAGUCCGUUUACUUUUAUGUAGAUAAGGAACUUCCAGACGUGAAUGUCGAAAACUUCAAGUGGUUUCCACUUGCCGGAAUGGUCAUGUAUAUAAUAUUUUCCUCGUACGGAAUUGGAAUCGUACCAUCCUUGAUGCUGGGGGAACUUUUCUCCGCUAGCAUCAAAGCCAAAGGAAUUUGUAUCUUAACUUUUGUGUUCGGUAUCAUGCUUUUCGUGUCGAAUUAUAUUUUUUACGUUUUCCACUCCGCUUUUGGGCUGUUCGCCCCUUUUUUGUUCUUCUCUGUUUGUAAUUUCGUUUCCGCGUUUUUGGUUUACUUCCUCGUACCAGAAACAAAAGGUAAGACUCUAGAAGAGAUACAGCAAGAUCUGAAGAAAGGAAAGUUAUCGUCAUUAAAAGAAUUGAAACCAUUUUUGGGAGAAAUCAAAAGGACAGAAAGUGGUGGGAUUUUAUCGAAAUGAUUUGGAAUUUUAUUGUGGCCUCGCUGGAAAAGUGAUAAAAUUUAGAUGAAAAAUGAAGAAAACUGAAAAUGUUUCGCUAUCAAGAAGAAUAGAAAAGAGCAGAGGAAGACGAGAAUUGUGAAAGUGGAUAUAAUCUCAAAUCUUGUCAUAUCUUAAAGAAGAACUAUAUUCGCUCAUUAUUCUUCAAUCAUUUGAUAG